UUUUUUUUCAAUGGAUUCAAAUUUGUUGAUAACAAGUGGAAAAUGCUGACCAAAGGAUCUCGUUAUUCAACAUUCUUCUUGCACAUUUAAGGACAAUCAUUCUCAUUGGAUAAAAAUAAUGACGGGCCCUUUAGUGAAUUACCUGUUAAUGGUAUCCUGUUUUACCUUCGUCAACGCUCGUACGUAUUUAAACGUGUCAGGUGAUAUUCUAUUAGGUGCCCUAUUUCCAAUUCACGGUAAAGGUAUCUCAGGUGAAAAUUGCGGCAAAAUUAGGUUGGAAGAUGGAAUUCAACCAUUGGAAGCAAUGCUUUACACGCUUCAACAAAUCAAUCAGGAUCCUAACAUUCUACCGGGUGUACGUCUUGGUGCCGUUGCAUUUGAUAGUUGCGACAAUCCAAAUUAUGCACUCGAGCAAGCAUUGAAUUUCGUCAAAGGUUUCAUCGCUCAUUCGAAUGAAUUUCACGUUAAGGAAUACGAGUGCAGAGAUAAAAGCGUACCAAAGUUUUCGAAAGGUGGAUUCGACAAAAUUGUUGCAGUGUUGGCAGACCAGUCGAGUUCGGUCACCAUACAGGUGGCUUCAAUGUUGAAAUUGUUUUCAGUACCACAAGUAUCGUAUAUGGCAACGUCACCAACACUGAGUAAUAAAAAAAUGUUUCCACACUUUUUCCGUACCAUACCAAGUGACCUAAAUCAAGCUCGUGCUAUGUUAGAAAUUCUUAAGAAAUUCGAGUGGACAUACGUUUCAGUGGUUUAUUCGGAUACAGAAUAUGGUAAUCAUGGUUACGAAACACUAAUUUCCCUAGCUAGUUAUUAUAACAUUUGCUUUAGUGCACCACAGAGAAUUGACAAGGAACAUUUUAAAGUGGAUGAUUAUGACGAUGUUAUUCGUACGAUUACAAGUAAAACUGACGUCAGAGUGGUUGUACUUUUUGCUGAAAAAUCAACGACCUUGUGCGUAUUGGAAGCUGCAAAAAGAUUAGGUGUUGGUACCAGAUUCGUAUGGAUAGGAAGUGAUUCAUGGUCUAGUUCGAAUCAUCGUGAUUUUGCUGACCUUGACUCGAGUCGUAUGGAUCAAGAAAUGGCAGUAUUGGAAGGUGCAUUAGUUGUUCAACCAUUAUCCAGACAAUUGUCUGGUUUUGAUAAAUAUUUCACAAGUUUGACAUUAGAACAUGAAACAAUUAAUCCAUGGUUUGGUGAAUUUUGGCGAGAAUAUCAUCGUUGUGAUAAUAAUCAAACUCAGCAUACCAACAUUACAGAUGAAGAUUCAUACGUGUCUUGUCGGGACAUUAAUUUGAAGAUUAAUCGUUCGACUGGUUACAAACAACAAAAGUUUUUACAUUUCGUCAGAGAUGCAAUUUAUUCCGUUGCAUAUGCACUUCACGAUAUGCAACAAGAAAAAUGUGGGACAAAUUAUUCAGGAAUUUGUUUGGAAAUGAAACACAUCGAUGGAAUUGAUUUAACGCGUUACAUUCAAAACGUUUCUUUUAAAGAUGAUGCAGGAAAUAAAUUUCGAUUUAUGGAUGGUACAGAUGGUCCCCCAAGAUAUUCCAUUUUAAAUUAUCAAAAAAAUGACGAUGGUGCUUAUCGAUGGGUUGUAAUUGGUAAUUACACAGAAGACGAUGACAGAACCCCAUCAUUGUAUAUAGAAACAGAAUUAAUGAAAUAUCGAAAUCAAACGGAAGGUGGUAGAAUGAACUUUCCAAAUUCGACUUGUUCAAAACCAUGCCAAUCAAAUCAAGUUAUUGUACCUGAGAAACAAGAUUAUUGUUGUUGGAAGUGUCGUAAAUGUGGACUUUAUCAAUACAAGGUGGACGAGCACAGAUGUGAGGAUUGUCCAUCUGGUACACGACCAACGGAAGAUGCCAAACAUUGUGACCCAAUUCCAGAAGAAUAUAUCGAUUAUUAUAAUCCUUGGGCUAUUGUUGCUAUGGUUGUUGCUACUAUUGGUAUAAUAUUAACCAUUUACGUAUGGUUUGUAUUUCGAAUUUAUGAUAAAACACCUGUUAUCAAAGCAUCAGGUCGUGAAUUGUCUUCCCUAUUAUUAUUAAGUAUUCUAGCAUCAUUUUUAAUGACAUUUGCCAUAGUGGCUGAACCAAAAACUGAAACCUGUGCUAUUACCAGAUUUGGUAUUGGAUUUUGUUAUACUUUGUGUUAUGCAGCUUUGGUCACCAAGACUAAUAGGAUUCAUAGAAUAUUUAAUAAUAUUUCAUACAGUCCACGUAAAUCAAGAUACACCAGUCCUAAAUCACAAUUGUUAAUAACAGGAAUAUUAAUAAUACUUGAAAUAAUAGUAAAUAUUACGUGGCUAGUAACUGUACCACCAUGGGUGACACACGUUUAUCCAACGAGAGAUACUCGAUUAAGAAUUUGUCAAGGUCUCGAUGAUACAUCCUAUAUGAUUAGCCUAAUCUAUCCUUUCGUACUUAUAGUAAUAUGCACCAUUUAUGCCAUAAAAACGAGAAAAUGUCCAGAAGGUUUUAAUGAAACGAAACAUAUAGCAUUUACUAAUUAUACCAUAAUGGUUUUAUGGUUGGCAUUUGUACCACUUUAUCUUGUAUCAAACAGCAACGCAAUAAGGGUUGUAACCUUGGCAUUAUCAUUAUCCCUUAGUGGUUUGGUUCAACUUGCUUGUCUAUUCUUUCCUAAGAUUUAUAUUGUACUAAUUAAACCUGAGAAGAACACUAAGGAAUUGGUUAUGGCACACCAUAGAAGUUCCUCUUAUUUACCAACACCUGCAACCCCAGUUGUAGCAUUAAAUGGUAAUCCAUUUAUAUUUCAUAACGCGGAACAGAAACCAUGACCAUUGGAAUUGUCAGAAAGCUCUGGCGAAUGGUUUCAUUCAAAUGAAUAAUUUGAAACAAUGAAAGCUCUUUUUCAAUGCUUUAAUUCAACUAUAAU